CCGAGAUCUCUCUCGGCCGGUUGGGCUACGGAGCUCGUCUGGCUUGUAAGUCAUGGCCGGCCACCUAGUUACGGUACCGAAACACGAUGGCAGAAUCAGAAGCUUUCGUUCUUGUCCGUCAUAUUUACCAAAUGCUAGAAACAUGACCGGAAUGGGACGCCAUGGCGCCGGGCCGCGUACCCAGCAGCCGUUGACAAUUUAAACCCCCUUUCUCUUGCUCAUAAACGUCUUCUUCUAAGUCUGCCUUCUGGAAUUGUUGGCCGUCAAACCGAGACAAUCGUCGAAUAUUCAAAAACAAACAAACAGUCGUCUGCUCAAAUCUCAACUGUUGUGAAGCAUUCGAUACAAGGCCAAACCUCUUCACAAUGCCUUUCUUCGACGAGAAGGCUGCGUCACCAGAGGCAACAUCUCCUAUCGAUCACCCUGGAUUUUCCACAUCUUCAUCCGAGAAUUUCAAGAACUUCGACGCCCAUGUCGACGAGAAAUCCGAACCAGCGCAUGAACCAGCCUCCGCAGCUUCACAGCCAGCAAACGAGGAUGGCACCGAGAUAGCGGCAGCACCUCAGGGCACAGCCCCCGACAGCCCAGAAGCAAACUACAACCCGAAAUCUCUAAAGUUCUGGCUCAUCUUGCUAUCUGCUUUUGUGUCCAUGUUCCUCGUCGCCUUGGAUCGGACCAUCAUCUCCACCGCAAUUCCCACAAUCACCGAUGACUUCAAGAGCUUGGGCGACAUUGGAUGGUAUGGAUCGGCCUAUAUGCUUUCUACAGCUGCCUUUCAGCUGGUCUGGGGACGUAUUUACCGCUUCUACGAUUUACGAUAUACCUUUUUAUCCUGCAUCAUCAUCUUUGAGAUAGGUUCUGCGGUAUGUGGCGCCGCGCCAAGUUCACCCGUCUUCAUUAUUGGUCGAGCAAUCGCAGGUGUAGGUUCUGCGGGAAUCACCACAGGAUCGAUGCUGGUUACAAUUCCACUGAUCCCCCUGGCAAAGCGUCCUAUGUUUCAAGCCAUGUUCGGUCUGGUAUUUGGUAUUGCCAGUGUUUCUGGUCCCCUCAUAGGCGGAGCUCUCACCGAACGCGCAACAUGGCGAUGGUGCUUCUACCUGAACCUCCCCGUCGGAGCCGUCGCCUUCGUUUUCAUGUUCCUCUUCUUAAGAAUGCCCAAGAAGCCCCAGCCGCCUGCUUCCGUCAGCGAACAGAUUCUCCGCCUCGACCCCUUUGGCACAUUCUUCUUCAUACCUUCAAUCGUGUCUCUCCUGCUUGCGCUGCAGUGGGGAGGAUCGACAUAUUCAUGGAAUAGCUGGCGUAUCAUUCUUCUCUUCAUCAUGUUUGGGCUGUGUGCCAUAGCGUUUGCUGCAGUUCAAAUUUUGAUGCCCAAGACGGCGUCGCUGCCUCCAAAGGUUAUUACGCAGAGGACCAUGCUCUCCGGGACGUUUUUUAUGAUAUUCACUGCUGGUGCGAUGAUGCUUUGUGUUUACUACAUACCGCUAUGGUUUCAAACCACGCAUGGCAUUAAUCCGGUCAAGUCGGGUAUAUACACUCUUCCGCUUGUUCUCAGUCUUGUGGUGGCAUCCAUCGUUUCAGGCUUCGUCACCCAAAAGUCCGGAUACUAUUCCCCAUCCCUGAUCAUUGGCCCAUGCAUCAUGGCCGUCGGCGAAGGCCUCUUAUCCACAUUCACACCGGAUACCCCAUCUUCUCACUGGAUCGGCUAUCAAUUCCUCACUGGAUUUGGCCUAGGGUUUGGCUUCCAGACCAUCAAUCUGGCUAUCCAAACAGUACUGCCCAAGGAGGAGAUUCCGACAGGCGUUGCAAUCAUCUUCUUUGCGCAGCAGCUUGGAGGUGCCAUCUUCGUUUCUGUUGGCCAGACAAUCCUCAGCACCUUGCUCGUCUCUCACCUCUCAGACAUCCCAGGCCUAGACCCCAUGAUGAUUGUGAAGACCGGCGCAACCGAGCUCGCAAGAGUUGUUCCUUCGGAAUUUCUGUCAGCUGUAAUUAAUGCGUACAAUUAUGCCUGCACGAGAAUCUUCCUUGCUGCAGUAGCACUGACUUGCGCUUCGCUGCUCUGCGCGCUUGGUGUUGAGUUUAGAAGUAUCAAGAAACCCAAGAAUCAGAAUCAGAAUCAGGAGACAAAGGCAUAAUCAAUAAAAGGCGUUUGUAGUCAAUUAAAGAAUAGGUUCAAUUCAAGGCGCGUUCGGGGGCACAAAAACAAAAGUUGAAUUAAUUGCUAGAUUUGAACUAGCUAAUGUAUAAUUUAGAUGCUUUCACUCUCUGCUCUACAUAGUUAUCGUUCUCUUUUCCUAGAUAUUCAUCCAAUGUUCUCUUAAAUAAUGUCUGUACCAUCUCAUAACACGC